GAGUCGUCGCCUGCAGCGUCCGGAGGCUGCCGCUCCGAGGCCUCCGACGACGCAGCCGCGGCCCUCGAGGAGAUAGCUGGCGAACUGGACGGCAUCCUCGCCAGCUUGCCUCGGGGCGAGCGUGACGGAGGCACCGCGAGCUCGAGGGCGCCGGCCCCCUCGUCCGCCACCGCCGCGACCGCCACCGCCGCUCGAGGGCGCGGCGACAGCGCGCAGGCCACCGCCUCGAGCAGCAUGCCGCUGGACUGGGUCGAGGGCCGCCCGACGGACGGGACCUUCACGUCCGGCGGCGAGUCGGACGACGGGCAGACCACGCCGCCCCUGCAGGUGGCCUCGCCGAUGCGGCGGAGCGUCACGCCGACCAGGGGGGCCCGGCUGCGGUUCUCGAGGGCGAGCUCCGGGGACGGGUCCAGCAAAGAAUGGUCGGCUGGCGCGCAGAACAUGCUGGGCGACUCCGCGGUGCCUGCCGGUGCCGCCGCCCGCGCACCGACGCCCGAGGCGCGCCCGGCACCUGCCGCCAGGCUCUGGAGGACCUCGACGUCGGAGGAGCACAGCUUCUCCCGCGGCCCCUCCGCCGGCCCCUUCCGCCGCGGGAGCGCCACCGAGAACCCCGUCAGCCGCCAGGAGUCAGGCCAGGUGCACCGCCUGAACACGGGCAGCUCGAACGUGGACUCCUGGCCGCUGGGCUCGGCCACCGCAAAGCCGGCAAUGGGCUCGCCGUCGAAGGAGGGCACGGUGUCGGGCCCAGGCCAACACAGGAAGGUGCCGCGCAGACACCGGCUGCUCGGCCCGAAGAAAGGCCUGGCGGUGCACUUCGGGCACGAGAACUGGAACAUGGUCCUCAGCAUGAUGAUCGGCAUCCGGAUGUCCGUGGGGCGCGUCAGGCACGAGAUCACCCGGGAGCUGCAACCGGUGGACUUCAUGAUAAAGGACCCGGGCGCGCGUCCCUGCGGCGUGCACGUUGGCCCCGCCACAGGGCCGCGAGGUGGGUCCUCCUGGGCCUACCCGCCUGGUCGCGAUUCUACUCUGAUCAAAGCGCUGAUCAAAGCGCUGGCGGGAGCAUCUGCAGACGGUAGACACGUUGAGGCAGCGUCCGUGCAGGAUUUUGUGUUCGACCCCGGGACUCUGACGUCAGUGAACGACAUGCACACGUUCGGGAGGACCGUGGGCCCCAGUUGGAGGGGGCUAAACAACUACGCCCGCACGCCGUUCGAGCACGUGGUGCUGAUAGGGUGUGUGGACUGGCGGACCGAGGAGCUCUUCGAGCUCGCCCGAGCGCCUGCAGCGAGCGCCGACGCGCCCUAUAAGGCGCAUGCGGCACCUCCGGCGGCGCCCGGCGCCCCUGAAGGGGCCGCUGCGCACGGCGCGCGCGGGGGCCUCGGCGCGCCGGCCGGCCGCGGCGGGGCGCUGGCCGUGCUCGCGUCGACGGCACGCCGGCUCGAGGAGAGAGCGGGCGCGCUCCCCGCCGAGAGGCAGCUCGAGAGAGGCUGCUCGCGGCCCACGGAGCCGCGCUGCACGCGGCGCCUGCGGCAUGCCUCGGCGUCCUUCGCUGUAGAUGGCGAUGAUACGGGCGUGGCCAAGUCGCCGCCCGUGCGCCGGCCGGGGGCCGCCUCUUGGAGGAACCCUCUGCAGGACCCCCAGAGCCGCCUGGAGCCCCACCUCGACCCUCAAGAGGCCGCGGAGGGCGCGGCUGCGGAGGUGUUCGCCGCUCGUGGCACCCGCCGCCUCGGCCGCCACUCGCGGCCGCCACUCGUGGCCGCCCGCGCCGGCAGGCAUUUCGGCCAGCUCCUGCAGGAACACUCCGGCGACUCCGCGGGGAGCGACGCCGCGCUGCGAGGGGCCCUGACGGACGAGGAGCUCCGGGCGGUCCAGGCGGUCCACCUCCAGGAGCUCCUGCAGCUGCACCGCUCCGGCGGGGAGGCCGCGGAGGCUCCGCCCGAGCGCCCCACGCCGUCCUGGGCUCCCGCGGGCGACGAGAUGUUCGGCGCCGGCGUGCACCUCUCCGCGGAGAGCGUCUCGAGGCUGACCGAGCACGGCGGCCAGGGCAGCGUGGUCGUGAGUAACGACCUCGGCCCGAACACCGUGGUGCUGAUCAGCAGGGCGCCCGGGCAGCCGGAGCAGCUGCCCGUGCUGUCGGAGACCUUCAGGGCGCAGAGCGUGCGCAUCACGCGCAUGUGGCUCGACACGGUCGCGGACGGCGUGCCCCUGGACGUCUUCGAGAUCUGCGACGCGGGCUCCGCCGACGCGGGGCUCCUCCCCGAGCAGCGCGCCGCAGCCCUCGAGGAGGUGCUGGCGCAGGCGGCUGGCGGAGGGGCCUCUGCCCUGGUGUCCGAGGGCGCCACGCUGGACCUCGAAGGCACCGAGGUCGGGGACGACGGCGCCGUGGUUGGUGGAGACGCGGAAGAGACCGAUGGCGGCCCGCAGGUUGCCGCCGACGAGCAGCAGGGCGUGGGCCACGAGGGCCUCAUGCCGCGACAGGGCGAAGCCCAGGCGGGCGCCUUGUACAGCGCAGUCUGCGUGGUCGAGGGCGACGGCGAGAGGGGCCUGACGAUGCUGGAGGGCGGGGCCGAGGCAGACGCCAUGGGCAGCGGAGUGGUCGAGAUGGCGACGGUCGCGGCUUGGGACGCGCUCCCUGACCGCGGCGCGCUCGCGGGUGGCGGGGCCAUGCAGGCGCGUCGCGUGAAGGGCGAGGGUGCUGCUGCCGAGCAGAGACGCAGGAAGGAGGGCGCGAAGCGGGUCGCCCCCCUGGCGCUGUCGCCCACGGCCGCGCAGUGGGAUGAGGAGGGCGGCGGCUUCUUCUUGAACGCCGGAAAGAAGGACAUCCCGCGCGCCGCGGCGCAGGGCAAGCAGGCUUUGGGCAAGGGCUCCGAGGCCGAGCGGGAGGGCGCUCGAUGGGAAAAGAAAUUCGUGGAUGCCCAGCGGGCGUCUGCGCCGCGCGUGGCGGGCGGCGGUUGCGCUCGGCAGUUUAUCGAGGCAUUUCCUGGCCAUGCGGGCGCCUCAGGUGUCGCCACAGCGGCGGAGCAUGGCACCGUCGACGUAGCCAGCCUCGCAUCGGAGCUGGAGGACGUAUUGAACAAGACGGAGUACAAGGAGAUGAAGGCGGAGAAGAAGGAGGACAAGAAGCAGCUGCAGCUCGCGUUCUGCGUCAUCGACGCCAUCCAGGCGGCGGUUUCCCUCGGGCAGGCCGGCGUGGGCAUCGCCGAGGCGACUCACUCCUGCAAGCCGAAGAAGGACCCCGCGACGGGCAAGUACAAGGUGCCCAAGGGCAAGGAGGCCGCCUGCGCGGAGACCAUCACCUUCAUCAUCACCACGUUCGGCCACGUCGCCGUGUUCCUGUCGGGCGCGGCCUCCCAGUGCGCCGAGUCGAUCAACUUCCAGUCGUACUGCGCCCAGGACGUCACGGACAUGAUCACCGGCCUCUCGCUCAUGGCGGAGGCGGGCUCCGGGAUGGCCGCCAAUUGCAAGGGAGGGGCGGACUACAACAAGUACGACAAGGAGAACGCCGUCGACGCCGACGGGAGGCGCCUCGGCAGCAACCUCUCGCUGGCCCUGGUGCCCUCGGCGGAUGACGCGAGGCACCUCGCCGAAGUCAAGGAGAAGUCGCAGGAGGAGAAGAACAUCGCCAUCGGGAUGUGCGUGUUCGACGUGCUGCAGGCCGCGAUGUUCUUGGCGCGCGCGGGUGCCCUCAUCGAGGAGGUGAUCUAUACGUGCAAGGAGACAGAGCGGGUCGAGUACACAUAUGAGAAGGAGCAGGCUAUGAAGUCGGAAGGUAAGGAGGUCGGAACUCUUGGGUCGGUGAACAAGGUCGCGACGAGCUUGAAGGAGAAGUCCCUGAAGGCCGCCCAGGAGUACCUGGACGAGGCGGAGAAUAAUGUGCCGGAGGGCGAGGAGGACGCACGCAGGCUCGGCGCGCUUGGGAAGUCGCCGAUCUUCAACAUCACCGUCGCAGACAAGAAGCAUGCGGAGCGGAUCUGUGCCGUCAACGUGCUCCACCUGAUCUCGUCGUUCGCCUACGUGGCCUCCUUCCUGUCCUUCUCGGCCGCGAAGUGCGGCGAGACGAAGAGCUACAGCGCCGCCUGCGCCGGUGGCAUCAUCAACGUGAUCACGAGUCUGACGAUCGUGUCGGCGAGCGCCAUGGACUUCGAGAACUCCUGCGCUCAGGUCGGCAAGAACAACAGCAACAAGAGCCACUUCGAGGAGAAUCCCUCCGCGCGGCGCCUCCGAGAGGCCACCGAGGUGCUGGCCAACCUGGUCGUGUGA